CAAUAUUGUUUUUACAAACCUUCUUCGUUGCACAUUCUGCACGCCGCUCGUUCUCCCUCAUCUCCCAUCCGCCUCGAACCUCACUCGCCGGCGUCUCUCCCGUCCCCUUCGUCACACCUUGUUCUGCAGAGCGGCUCAUUCUCCCCCAUCUCCCAUCCGCGUCGAACAACCAAGCCGGCGUCUCCCUCCCUCGCCACUUGGUUGCCAUUUUCGGUAGGAUGAUACAAGCAUACAAACAGACAUUAAAGUGCCCAUUUUGAAAGCUUUUCACUGUCACAUAUAUAACCGUGAUUGGCAAUUUUCAUGCAAGUUUUGUACUUGAUCAAUGUCUAUACCAAUGUUUUCUCCCCCACAUCUUUUCUGGCCUGGGAACCUUUUUAAAGAUCUAACUACAACUAAUGGUUCACACUACAAGAAAUUAUGGAUCUCCUGACGCCGGUUUACACUGUUGGGAGAAAAGGCGUCGAAAGAUAUCGUAUCUCUAGACACAACAACUAGAGAGUUGGGAGAUACUAUAUCUUCCGAUGCCUGAAACAUGCGCGGGCAGUUAGUUAGCAUCUUCCUACGCAGUGUUGUGUAGGUGUCGGAAGAUAGGACGAACUCGCAACGAGUGCAUUUAGUCAUCGCGAGUUACAAGAAAGGGGCCGACACAUAUCAUGAGGCAUCGGGUGAAAAGAAAACAUUUAAAAAAUGAUUCUAUUUUGCCCAACGCCAUGCAUGUAGGCGUCAGGAGAUAAUGGUGAACUCCCAACUUAAUUAGUAAGGCGUUAGGAGAUAUGGGGAACUCUUGACGCUGCCAAUAAAGCGCGGGAAUUAGAGGGAACUCACGACGCGUGUUAGGCUGCGUCAGGAGUUCGCCUUUAAAAAUCCUCCCAUCUCUGUAUUUCACAGAUUUGGGAAGGGGAAAGAAGAAAAAUGAGCGAAGAAGCCAGAAAACCCACCACCGUCGCUCGUGCCACCAUGCAUUGUCCUAGUCGCCUUCCUUGUCUCUUUUGGUGCCGCCGCCUGCCCUGUCUCUUUCAAGCUGAUUCAAUUCCCAUUUCUAUCUCUAUUAUUAUGAACAAAGGCAUUGGUGGUGGAACUGGUCCCACUGCAGCGGCUGCGGCGGCGGCAGCUCAGAAGCAGAAACUGCUUCUCCAGAGAGUGGAAACUGAUAUAGCCAAUAUUGUUGACAACUUCACCCACCUUGUCAACGUCUCUAGAGUGAACGAUCCACCAGUUAGAAAUUCACAGGAAUCUUUUAUGAUGGAAAUGCGCGCCGCCAGAAUGGUUCAGGCAGCUGAUUCUUUGCUGAAGUUGGUUUCAGAACUUAAGCAAACAGCCAUCUUUUCUGGAUUUGCUUCACUAAACGAUCAUGUGGAGCAAAGAAUAGUGGAAUUCAAUCAGCAGGCACAGCAAACCGAUCGUCUUUUAUCUAGAAUUGGUGAAGAAGCUGCUGCCAAUUUGAAGGAGCUUGAAUCUCAUUAUUAUUCUUCAACACAGAGGACUGAUCAGAACAACCUAACGUGAUUAAGUAAAGUGGAAAGUGGUAAAUUAAGUAAAUUAAUGAUGUGAUACGGCUGGCUUCUAAACUCAGUUGCUUGCUAACAUGGACAAUGAAAUGUAAUUGAACACUUCUAAUUUAUGUUUCUGGCGAUUUUCUUUUGCUUUUUAUUAUUAUGCCAAGCUAUAUGUGUCGGAACUAACAGAAGAUCAUUAUUCAUCUUAUUCAUCUUCCAUCGAAAGUGAUAAGUUGGAUAUUAACUUCUUUCCGUUAUUUGAUUUUGACAUGGUUUUCUCAUUUAA